AAACUAAAUAUGCUGUAAAUGAAACACAACGGAACAGACCUAACCUCUAAAACAUUUCAAAUUUCAAACUCUUCUUGCGCCGUUCCACGCCGCUGGCCUUCCACCCACACCGCCGCCGCGUCGAGGAGACUGGAGUCUACUCCGUCGGCUGCUCGCAGACUUUCGCAGAAAUGGAACGUUUUUUUUCUAAAAAACGCGGAGGUCAAUCUUCAUGUGAUUCAGUUACACCCGCUAUUGAAACAAAUGUAGAAGCUGAAACGAAUGUAGAAGAUGAAACAAAUUUUGAUGAAUACAUUCGUGAUCCGGGGUUAAGAAAGUCAAUUGAGGAGUUUCCUAUUGCUUAUCGUGCUCGCUUGACCGUUUCAUUAGAUGUUACUCGUUUUUUGUUGAAGCAAGGAUUGACUUUUUGUGGACAUGACGAGUCAGCUAGUUCUUCAAAUCGAGGUAAUUUUCUUGAGCUGAUUCAAUGGUAUGGUGAUCAUAAUGAUAUUGUUUCCAAGGUUUUGGGUGAACAUGCUCCUGAUAAUAAUCAAAUGACAUGUCCAAAAGUUCAAAAAGAGUUAGCACAUGCUUGUGCUUUAGAGGUCACACUUGCGAUAAUUAAUGAUCUUGGAGAUAAAGUGUUCACCAUUUUGGUUGAUGAAGCUCAGGAUAUUUCAACGAAAGAGCAAAUUGGUCUCGUUUUAAGAUAUGUGAAUGAUAAAGGAUGUGUGGUUGAAAGAUUUAUUGGACUUGUUCAUGUUGCUAACACUUGUUCACAUUCUUUGAAACAUGCAAUAGAUGAUUUAUUUGUGAAACAUGGUUUAUCACAGUCAAAAUUGAGAGGACAAGGAUAUGAUGGAGCUUCAAAUAUGAGGGGUGAGUUUAAUGGAUUGAAAGCCUUAAUUUUGGAAGAAAAUCCUUAUGCCAUGUAUGUUCACUGUUUUUCUCAUCAACUUCAGUUGGUUGUUGUGGCUGUUGCUAAGAGUAUCAUGGCUGUGAAUGACUUUUUUAGUUAUAUCUUCAUGAUAGUGAACACCACUAGUGCAUCUUGCAAAAUAAAAGAUCAACUACUGAUGUUAGAACAUGAGAGAUUAGUGAAAGAACUCAAUGAUGAAGUAAGGAUGAGAGGAAGAGGCCAAAAUCAAGAAACUAGUUUGGCAAGACCGGGAGAUACUCCAUGGGGCUCACACUAUUUUACCUUGCUUCGUUUAUGUUUUAUGUGGCCUUCAGUUGAUAAAGUUUUGGAACAUGUACGUGAUGAUGCCACAAGUUCUGAUAUUAGAAGCACUGCAAGAGGUUUGCUUAGAAAGAUGAAUAGUUAUGAGUUUGUGUUUGUGAUGCACUUGAUGAAAUAUCUAUUAGGAAUCACAAAUGAACUGUCAUUUUCUUUACAAAAGAAAGAUCAAAAUAUCGUGCAAGCCAUAUCAAUGAUUGAUACUGUGAAAGUUCAAUUACACGACUUCAGAAUGACUGGAUGGGAGAUGAUUUUGGAGGAAGUCAAUAGAUUUUGUGAGGUGAAUGCUAUUCCUUUGAUUCAUAUGGAAGACACUAUAACCCGACCUGGUUACAAGAGGCAAAGCAUCACAAAUGAUCAUUAUUAUCGUGUGGAGAUUUUUAAUGAGGUUGUUGAUCUAACACUACAAGAGCUAAACACUCGAUUUUCCGAAGCUAGCACUAAUUUGCUUAGAUGCAUGGCAUGUCUUGAUCCGAGAAACAAUUUCUCUCAAUUUGACAUUGAUCAACUCAUGCAUUUGACUACUUUCUAUCCCGAAGACUUUGGGCCAGAUGAUUGUCUAUGUCUUCCACAACAACUCCGAAAUUUCAUAGCAUUUGUUCGGCGUGAUCCUCGAUUUUCAACAAUUAGCAAUUUGGGAAGUCUUGCUCAAGAAAUGGUUAAAAGUGGUAAUCAUUUAGUUUUUCAAUUGGUUUUUCGAAUGAUUGAGUUGACAUUGGUUUUACCUGUAGCUACUGCUUCUAUUGAGAGAGCAUUUUCUGCAAUGAAGAUUAUUAAGACUGAUUUGCGAAAUCGUAUGAAAGAUGAGUGGAUGAAUGACAGUUUGGUCGUGUAUAUUGAGAAGGAAGUUUUCUCAACAAUUGACAACGAGAAGAUUUUGCAACGUUUUGAGUCAAUGAGUACACGUCGAAAUCAAUCGUCAUUGCUUUCUCAAACAGAAUCGACUAGCUCGAGUUCGCCAAGUAUCUAUUCAUAGAUUAUUUAUAAUGUAAUAGACAUUUAAUGAAUGAAACUAUUGUACAUUUUUAUUAUUAUGGUUGAACUUAGGGAUGAUAA